AUGAGGAGGUUCGAGGAGGUUCCCGGAGGGUUUUGCCUGGAGACUCUCUGUGCCUCAUCCUUCUGCACCUGCCCCAUGCUUCUCUUCAUCUCUAUCCUUUGCAGGGGUCUUGGCCAGCUGGGAGUGGGGCUUGCUAACCUUUUGAGGAAACGAUUUGGGAAGGACAAUGUGAUCUUGUCCGACAUAAGGAAACCGCCUGAUCAUGUCUUUGAUGGUGGCCCAUUUAUUUAUUCUGACAUACUGGAUGACAAGAGUCUCCGCGAGGUCGUGGUGAACAACCGCGUCACCUGGCUGUUUCACUACAGCGCUCUGCUCAGCGCGGUCGGGGAAGCAAACGUGCCCUUGGCGAGGGCUGUGAAUAUAACGGGGUUGCAUAACAUCCUGGACGUUGCAGCAGAACACAACGUGCGACUGUUUGUGCCGAGCACCAUCGGGGCUUUUGGACCUACCUCUCCCCGGAACCCAACCCCUGAUCUCUGUAUUCAGAGACCUAGAACCAUCUAUGGGGUAUCUAAGGUCCAUGCGGAGCUCAUGGGAGAAUAUUAUUAUUACCGGUAUGGGUUAGAUUUCCGAUGCCUGAGAUAUCCGGGAAUCAUUUCAGCUGACUCCCAACCCGGAGGAGGAACGACUGACUAUGCCAUCCAGAUUUUCCACGAUGCAGCCAGGAAUGGCAGGUUCGAGUGCACCCUGAGAGCUGGCACGCGGCUUCCGAUGAUGUACAUCGAUGACUGCCUCAGGGCCACCCUGGAGGUGAUGGAGGCCCCUGCGGAGUCUCUGUCCAUGAGGACGUAUAAUGUCAACGCCAUGAGCUUCACCCCUGAGGAGCUGGCCCAGGAAGUUGUCAAGCACGUGCCGGGAUUCCAGAUCACAUACAACGUGGAUUCUGUUCGACAGGCCAUAGCGGAUAGUUGGCCGAUGAGCUUUGACGACAGCAAUGCCCGGAAGGAUUGGGGAUGGAAACACAAUUUUGACCUUCCAGAGUUGGUGACAACCAUGUUGAGCUUCCAUGGCUCCAACACCAGAGUUGCCCGAGCCAACUGAAGGGACCACAGGGAGGACUGUGGUCGAGGGACAGCUGUCAUGGCCCUAAGGAGCCCACAUUAUUUGGAGUUGAAGAACUAAUUGGACUAAAUUUCGGCAGCUCAGACUGAACUGCUAGGUGGAGAAUGGAGUUAGCUUUGUGCCUUUUUUUGAAAUGUAGGCUUGGUGGUGGGACCUCUCACCUUUUGCUGUUUGCCUAAACUUGUCUAGACACACACAUCACAGAAUGAAGAUUUGAG